AGAAUGCGCCGCGCGUUUCCAAGAUACGCAGGCAGCCUCGGCGAGAAAGCAUAAAGUAUUUGCCCCUCCCUGGAAUGGCAAUUUUCCCUUACUAGCUUCUGGAAAAGCCAGCCAGGAGCUGUGGGAGGAACCGCCCUCAGUAAAGAUGACGACAAUCACCGUUAUCUAAACGCAAGUGAAGCCAAAGCACAGGACCCGGAUGUUGUCAGGUAGCCGGUAGGCGACCCUGCCAGCUUCCAAGAGGGCGGCUUCGCUGUGCGAAUAGGUGAGAAGGCAACAAGGAGGCGCUCAGGAGUCACUUCCGCCCGGUUCUCCUUCGCGCAAUCUGCAGCCGGAGUAAGAUGGCGGUGCUGAGGGCUCUGUGCAGCCUCCGCGGCGUCGCGGCCCAGGUGCUGCGGCCUGGGGCUGGAAUCCGACUGCCGAUUCAGCCCAGCAGAGGUGUUCGGCAGUGGCAGCCAGAUGUGGAAUACGCACUGCAGUUUAGGGGAGCUGUUAUGUACCCAACCGAAGAAUCCCAGUGGAAGCCUCCACCUUGGAAUGACGUAGACCCUAUAAAGGAGAAGAUAGUGAAGAACAUGAAGCUGAACUUUGGGCCCCAACACCCAGCAGCCCAUGGUGUCCUGCGACUAGUGAUGGAAUUGAGUGGGGAGAAUGUGCGGAAGUGUGAUCCUCACAUCGGGCUCUUGCACCGAGGCACUGAGAAGCUCAUUGAAUACAAGACCUAUCUUCAGGCCCUUCCAUACUUUGACCGGCUAGACUAUGUGUCCAUGAUGUGUAAUGAACAGGCCUAUUCUCUAGCUGUGGAGAAGUUACUAAACAUCCGGCCUCCUCUCCGGGCACAGUGGAUCCGAGUGCUGUUUGGAGAAAUCACACGACUGAUGAACCAUGUCAUGGCUGUGACUACGCAUGCCCUGGACAUUGGGGCCAUGACCCCUUUCUUCUGGCUGUUUGAAGAAAGGGAGAAGAUGUUUGAGUUCUACGAGCGAGUGUCUGGAGCCCGAAUGCAUGCUGCUUAUGUCCGGCCAGGAGGGGUGCACCAGGACCUACCCCUGGGGCUUAUGGAUGAUAUUUAUGAGUUUUCUAAGAACUUCUCUCUUCGGCUUGAUGAGUUGGAGGAGUUGCUGACCAACAACAGGAUCUGGAAAAAUCGGACAGUUGACAUUGGGGUUGUAACAGCAGAAGAGGCACUUAACUAUGGUUUUAGUGGAGUGAUGCUUCGGGGCUCAGGCAUCCAGUGGGACCUGCGGAAGACCCAGCCCUAUGAUGUUUACGACCAGGUUGAGUUUGAUGUUCCUAUUGGUUCUCACGGGGACUGCUAUGAUAGGUACUUGUGCCGGGUGGAGGAGAUGCGCCAGUCCCUGAGAAUUAUUGUACAGUGUCUAAACAAGAUGCCUCCUGGAGAGAUCAAGGUUGAUGAUGCCAAAGUGUCUCCACCUAAGCGAGCAGAGAUGAAGACUUCCAUGGAGUCACUGAUUCAUCACUUUAAGUUGUAUACAGAGGGCUACCAAGUUCCUCCAGGAGCCACGUAUACUGCCAUUGAGGCUCCCAAGGGAGAGUUUGGAGUGUACUUGGUAUCUGAUGGUAGCAGCCGCCCUUAUCGAUGCAAGAUCAAGGCUCCUGGUUUUGCCCAUCUGGCCGCUUUGGACAGGAUGUCUAAGGGACACAUGUUGGCAGAUGUCGUUGCCAUCAUAGGUACCCAAGAUAUUGUGUUUGGAGAAAUAGACCGGUGAGCGGGGGAGCAGUGUUUGAUCCUCCCUGCCUGUUAGCUGCUUCUGUGGAGCCUGUCCCUCGCUGGAAAUGGGCCUCUGUGGGUGUGGGUGUGUGUGUGUGUGUGUGUGUGUGUGUUUGCACGUUCAUGUACACUUGGCUGUCAGGCUUUCUGUGCAUGUACUAAAAAAAGAGAAAUUAUAAUAAAUUAGCCGCCUUGCGGCCCCUAGGCCUAAA